GAUUGCUUUUCUAACGUCAAGUCAUUACGGAUCAAAAGCUAAGAGCAACCGCCGCGUAGUUUCCCCUCUCUUGACGCGUGUGUAUCUCCAUGACAGAGCCUUCCAGCGCCUCCGCGGGAGCUCCAGCUGUAGACAGUGAUGUCGCCAACCUACCUGGCAACUUGUCCGCUUCGUUAUCUCCCUCUGGAGCUGGAAAACGCUCGGCCUCUGAAGCGUUCGAAGGCGACAGCGUGGAGGACUUAAAGGACAGCGAGACGACGCUGGACGAUGUCCUGGUGUCCCCAUUGGGCAAAAAGAGCAAACUACUGGACGCAGAGCUGCCCGAUGUCGACGACAACGAGGAAUUCCCGCAACAAGAAGAAGAUAUGGACGCAGAUCUGGCGCUGGGUCUGGAAAAUGGUGAAAAAGACCAAGAUCUGGACGAAUCUGGCCUAAAUAUGGGCCCAGACAACCCGGAUAUGGACAACGGAGACGUCAACAACCAAGACGUCGAGGAUUUGGCUCCACCAGAGGACGAAGAAGACGAAAAUGAAGAAGAAAAUGACGAUAGUGAGCCUCCAACGUCUCAAAACAAUGAAAUCGACAUCGUGGACGUCGAUGAGGACGAGGAAGAGGAGGAAUCUGCUCCUGCAACGUACCAACAGUACAGUGGCCUGGAAGAAGACGAAGAAGAGGAAUAUGACGACGAACAGGAGACUGCGAGAGCCAUCGCUCGAGCGCAGAACCAGAGAGAAGCCAGACAACUUCUGAUGCAGCUGGACGACUCUGCACGCAGUAAGUUAUGCCUCACCGCUCUGGAGAAGUACGGGGAGGAGCUGUUUUACGGCCACGAAGACGCUCGAGACGCCAUCCUAGUGGACGCGUGUGCCCAGGAGUCGGUCUUGUCGCUCAUGCGGGACGCUAUUCGAGUGCGAGAUUUGUAUCUGAGAGGGUCGUCCGCUGCAGCGCCAGUGGAGUUGGACGACGAUGAGGAUGAAGAAGACACUGGGGGGUACGAGGAGGAAGAAGAUGACGAGGAAGAGGAGAAACCAGAGAGUAAUGACGACAUCGUCGUCAUCUCCGAGGAAGAGGAGGACAGCGAUGCAUCCGGUACUGAGCAGACGGAAGAGCAGGCUGCUAGCGACGAGACCAGGGCCGUAGCAGACGCUGCUGACACGUGAGCCACUUGAUGACCUUUCUAACUUUAUGCAACACAGAACACACGACGUCGAGUAAGUUUCUCGUCGUGUUUUCUGUUUCUUUUUCACAGGGAUCUCUCGAUAACUAAUAGCUGGCAAUCGCUGCUUCCACUGCAGCCGCCUCUGCGAUCUUCUCCUCCUUUGUCUUGUGCUUCGUGACUCGUGCAGUGAUGAUCGUGAUGUCGUCCGGGAUGCCGCCACCCCACAUCAAGUCGUUCUCCUUCGCAAGCCGAGCAAAAGGCGAGUCUUUGGACCGAUCAAGCGACAGAUCGUAGGCCUUCUGUACCAGUUUCCGUGUCAUAGUCUCGAGAUCAGGCUCGGCUCGUACAAUUUCCAGUAGAACGUCCUCAUCCACGUUGUCAAAGAGUCCGUCCGUGGCCAGGAUGAUGAGGUCUCCUUCGAGCACAGGCACUCGCAGUCUCACUCCGUUCUCCGGAGUCUCAAAAAGCGGCUUCUCUCUCAUCGGAGAGUGCGUUCCUCUAGCCAAGUCGUCCACUACGUCACUCACAAGCUCAGCGCCAGCGAAGCCUAACUGGAAGGGGCAGUUAAAGUAGUGUAGCUGCUGUGGAGAGCGAUACGUCACGUGUGCGCCUUUGCGUCGUCCAGCAGGCGUCAAGUCGUGGUCCCGGUUGAUGAUCUUGCGCAUCAGUGAGCCGUCCAAUGUGCCGCGUAGUCGCGCAGUCUCGAGAUCUGACGUUUUGUCGCGGAUAAUGAGGAAGCCAGAGUCUCCCAAGUUGACUCCGUGUAGUUCUCCCUGUUCUGGGUCCAAGGCAAGCACACAGGCAGUGGAACUACCCACGAUCUCCUUCUGUAAGACAGUAGACCACGCUGCAUGGAGCACUUCUGAAGGCUCAAUGUCGUGGUCUUUGGCGUACGAGAUCUGCACUGCUUGAUGAGCUGCGACCAUGAGUUCCUCUGCGUACUGACGAGCACUCACCCCUUUCUCGAACCACGAGCCCACACCGUCGGCGACGCCCAUUGCUAGGACGUCCACGGGCCCCUGAGUGCCGUGUGUUACGGUUGAAAUGGACGGAUUGAUGUCGAUAGGACGGUCUUCUAGUACUGGAGCGGAGGCGCCGCCUUCUUCUACGCCGUGGGGCACGACACCUAAGAAAAAAGCGUCUUCUCCUCCGGUGUCUUUCUUUUGAGGGUGGGGGAUCGACAUGGCGAACGAGUGCAGGUAGUACGUCCAGUAGUUUGGGUGGGCGUUCUCUUGUUGAACGACAGUCUGGUCCAGCGACGUGUUGGCGGGUAGUCCCUUGCGCGGUAGGAUCAAGUUUAUGUAGUCCGAUUUAGCGCUGGAUACGACAAAUUAGGGUUAGAUUUAGUUAAUAUGACCUUAAAUAAGACUGAGUUUUACCUGGUA